AUCUGAGGAUGGGCAAUGCAGCUAGCAGCAUGGAGAUGUCUCCAGCAAAGGAGAUUAAAAGCCAACCACCAGCCUCUUCACCUCUGCCCCCCAAGCAGCCUGUGCCCCCCAAGCAACCCAUGCCCAGCUCUGGGGAACUGGAAGAACGAUUCACCCACGUACUGAAUUCUAUGAACUUGCCACCAGACAAAAUGAAGCUACUGAGCCAGUAUGAUAAUGAGAAGAAAUGGGAGUUGAUCUGUGACCAGGAAAGGUUCCAGGUCAAGAACCCACCUUCUGCCUACAUCCAGAAACUGAAGAGCUAUCUGGACACUGGUGGAUUCAGUGGAAAGUUUAAGAGGCGGGUUCAAGAGUCCACCCAGGUUCUUCGGGAGCUAGAGAUAUCUCUGAGAACAAACUAUAUUGGCUGGGUCCAGGAGUUCCUGAAUGAGGAAAACAAGGGACUUGAUGUGUUGGUGGACUACCUCGCUUUUGCCCAGUGCUCUGUCACGUAUGAUAUGGACAGCACUGACAAUGGGAGCCCAGGGACCGACAAGGGAAAAACCCUGGACAGAUCUAUGGAGGACCUCAGCAGAAGCAACUCCUCCCCCAUGCAGGGCUCCACCAAAAUGAGGCACCUGACUGUCAGGUGUUGCCAUUUGAAUCAGCAGAUCCAAACAUUCUUUCAACAAGUCCACCCAAGCAUCCCCUCCUCCAGCACCCCUGGGAGCGAGCAGGACUGUAAACCCAGGCCACCAGUCAACUCCUACUCACCCCGAUUCAAUCCGGCACACAGCAGGAAGGCGCUGCGGAACUCACGCAUUGUCAGUCAGAAGGAUGAUGUUCAUGUGUGCAUCAUGUGCCUCCGAGCCAUCAUGAAUUAUCAGUCUGGGUUUAGCCUUGUGAUGAACCAUCCAGCAUGUGUCAAUGAGAUCACGCUGAGCCUCAACAAUAAGAACCCCAGGACAAAAGCCCUCGUCCUUGAACUGUUGGCUGCUGUUUGUUUGGUCCGAGGGGGACAUGACAUCAUCCUGGCUGCCUUUGACAACUUCAAAGAGGUCUGUGGUGAGAAGAACCGCUUUGAGAAGCUGAUGGAAUAUUUCCGAAAUGAAGACAGCAACAUAGAUUUCAUGGUGGCUUGUAUGCAGUUCAUCAAUAUUGUUGUUCAUUCAGUAGAAAACAUGAAUUUCCGUGUCUUCUUGCAAUAUGAGUUCACGCAAUUGGGACUGGAUGAGUACCUAGAGAAACUGCGCUAUACAGAGAGUGACAAGCUGCAGGUGCAGAUCCAAGCCUACCUGGACAACAUCUUUGAUGUGGGUGCUCUUCUAGAGGACACCGAAACAAAAAAUGCCGUUCUGGAGCAUGUGGAGGACUUGCAGGAGGAAGUUGGACAGCUCACAGAGAAACUUCAGGAUGCAGAGAAUGAGUCCAUGGCCAAGGUUGCUGAGCUAGAGAAACAGCUGUGUCAGUCACACCAUGAGCUGGAGUCCCUGAGGGCAAGGACAGCAGGCGAUGAGCAGAACAAAGAGAAGCACAUCAGCAAGACAAAGAGUCGAAGGAGUCCCCCUUUGCUACAAAGGCAGCCAUCUCAAGGGACAGGACACCCCCCAGAGUACUCUGCCUUGGAGCACAAACUGGAGGAGCUAGAAGACAAAGGGCUAAUCCGGAUCCUGCGUGGACUGGAUGGAGAAGUCAUCAUGGGCAUCGAGGUCAUCCCGAUUGUUGUAGAAACCACAGCUGCCUCUUCAGUUACUAUUGAAGCUUCCUCAUCCACCAGCACAGAUUUUCCUUCACCAUCCAUAUCCCCUGUUCCUUCUUCUGCUCCAGAAAUUCCACUGCCACCGCCCCUGCCUGAUAACAAAAAAAGUGGCUCUGUGGUUCUCCCAGCUUCUCAAGAGCAAAGCUCACCACCACAUCCUCCUCUGGCACCAGCCCUUCCUUGGGCUAAUGCCCCUCCACCUGCCCCACCACUUCCUGUGGCAGAAAGCAUAUCCCAUCCACUGCUGCCACCACCCCUUCUGGCACUGGGUGGCCCAGUUCCUCCUCCUCCCCCACCACCACCAAUGGCGGAAGGAGUGAAUUUGCCAGGAAUUGCAAUUAAUUCAGCUGUCAAGAUUAAGAAGCCAAUACAGACCAAAUUCCGUAUGCCUAUCUUCAAUUGGGUGGCUCUGAAGCCUAACCAGGUCAAUGGGACUGUCUUCAAUGAACUUAAUGACGAGAAGGUCCUUCAGGAGCUUGACAUGAAUGACUUUGAGGAAAAGUUCAAAACCAAAGCUCAAGGCCCAAGCUUGGAACUUGGUUCCCUGAAGGCAAAGACGUCCCAGAAGGCCCCCAGUAAGGUGAUGCUGAUUGAAUGCAACCGGGCGAAGAACCUGGCCAUCACACUCCGUAAGGGGCGGCUCACCAUCGACGGUAUUUGCAAGGCCAUCCAGACAUAUGAUCUACAAUCUCUCAGUCUUGAUUUUUUGGAGUUGCUGAUGCGCUUUAUCCCUACGGAAUAUGAACUGAUACUGAUCCGUAAGUAUGAGAAGGAGCAGCGUCCACUGAAUGAGCUUUCAGAUGAGGACCAGUUCAUGAUUAAAUUCAGCAGGAUUCCCCACCUGGCAGAACACAUGAAAAUCAUGACCUUCCUAGGCAACUUUGGAGACACUGUACAGCUCCUCCUCCCGCAGCUGAACGCCAUCAUCGCUGCUUCAAUGUCACUCAAGGCUUCUACCAAACUGCGUCAGAUUCUGGAGAUUGUCCUGGCAUUCGGAAAUUACCUCAAUAGCAGCAAACGGGGAGCAGCAUAUGGGUUCCGGUUGCAGAGCCUUGAUGCGCUCCUGGACAUGAAAUCAACAGACCGGAAACAGACGCUACUUCACUACAUAGUGCAGGUGAUGCAGGAGAAAUAUCCUGACCUCACAAGCUUCUUCAAUGAACUGCACUUCCUGGACAAAGCAGGGACAGUGUCACUAGACAGUGUGCUCCAAGAUGUGCGAAGCUUACAGAAGGGCAUGGAGCUAACGCGCAAAGAGUUCACGCGGCAGGAUGACAGUGCUGUGCUCAAGGACUUCCUCAAGGCCAACACGGAGGUGAUGGAGAAACUCCAGGCAGAUAGCAAAACUGCACAGGAGGCCUAUGAAUCAACAGUGGAGUACUUUGGGGAAAACGCCAAAACCAUGCCUCCGACCAUGUUCUUCCCCACUUUUGUGCGCUUUAUCAAUGCAUACAAGAAAGCAGAGGAAGAUAUACAAUUGUGGAAGAAGCAAGAAGCAGCUGCCAAAGAGGAGGAGGAGGAAAAGUCCCCCAACAAAGAGGAACAGGCAGCACCAAAGUCUCUCACCCACAAAGCCAGGAGACAGCAGAUGGACCUCAUAGCUGAACUGAAGAAGAAGCAGCUGGUGAAGGAACCUCUCAUUUAUGAAGAGAAAGAUGGAGCCAUUGAGGACAUUAUUACAGGCCUGCGGAAUCAGCCAUAUCGGCGGGGGGAUACCGGUCGGCACAGCGGCAGGAAACGGAUCGCUGAGCAGACACUGCAGGUGACCUCCGACAUCUUGCUGUGACAGCUUUGAAUAAGAACAGCCAAACUAGCCACACCUUGGUUGGCAGCGAGGUGGGGGAAAGGGGAGAGAAGGACUCAGGGUUCAUCAACAUCAGGCCUGGAGCAAAAACUCCUCCCACCACCAAGGAACAAAGGGGGCUCAGGGCAUGAAGACCCCCCCCCUGCAACUUUUAAAGCCAUUUGUGGGCUUUGCAUAUGCAAGUUCUGUCAGUUAUGCUGCCCACUGCUUCAGUUUGAACUUAAAAGCCUUCUUGGAUACAUUUGAUUGCCCUGUCAUGGAAUUAUUGCAGGGAGGAGAGGCUGCACUCUGUGUCACAGUGUAUGGUGCUAGAAGCAACAGGCCACACCAAGCACCUUCCACAGCCAAGGAAUCUGUGUAGCAGCUGCCUCCCCUGAAAGGGAGGAAAGCAAUUUAACAAGGUCUAGAUGCCUUCUCCUGCCUAAGCUUUCCACCCAGCAUAUUCUAGUUCCUUUUUUAACCUCAUUUAGCUGGGCCAUUUAUUCUGCUUUAAUCCUCCAAUUCCUCCUGUGGCCUAGGGAAGAUGUUGGAUAGUUUUCAGGCUCAUAUUCCCCAAGUGAGAUGAAAGGGACUGUUUAUCAGUGCCUGUGUGCUUUUAGAAAGAUUACUACCCAGGAAUGUGUAACCUCCAGAUUAUUUAAGCCAUUAUAAAGUGGUGCAACAGGGCUACCUAGGCCAAGUAGAGCUUUGGACUGUUCCUGGGUGACUGCAAGGAUCCUCAGAGAACAGCAUCCAGCGUCAACACUUUCUACCUUCCUUGGAGGUACCACAGCAGUUUCAGCACUGUAGGGCUCAAUCCACAGUCAGCACUUCAGGUUUAUGAUGUAGAAUGGGUUAGCAUUAGUGCCCAAUAAUUAAUAAUAAUAAUUAACCAAUUUAUUUCUUACGCGCCUCUCCAUUUGGAUUGAGGCGGGGAACAACAGUAAGUAUAAAUAACCUGUAUGGUCUCUCCAUUCCCUGCCGCUUCUCUAGAGUUGGAGAUUUCUGACAGUGCAUCUUCACUCCUCAGCAGGGCUGUUGUGCUAGUAGAUGGCUGGAGGAAGCAGGAAGUGAGGACUAUGUCCGUUGCCAGUCUCUGUCCACCAUAGUUUUGUGCAGUCCAUGGCUGCCCCAUGUCAUGGCUGCACAAACUAAGUGGCAAUUACUCGUCAAGUGAUUAGAUGGACAAUUACUUCAGCAAAUUUGUUUAAAUACACAUGGACAAUUUGAGUUAUCCUUUCCUCUUCCCCCAAAGGCUUCCUAAAGCAGGCUGACCAAAAUUGCACAAGCCUUGGAUAGAGUGAUGGAACAAAGGUGGCCCUGCUACUAAGGAGAAAGGGAGCUGGGGAUCUUAAGGAGGAUAUUCCCCCAAGGUGAAAUGUUUCAUUGAAGUAUUUAAAUAAUUUGGCUUCCUCUUCUACCACAAUGAUCAGCCAUAGGGUGCAGGUCAGUGGAACAGAAUCUCAGGAUUUAAGUCUUCACCCCAGUGUCCCUUUGCCACUUUUUAAACCAACUUGCUGUAAUGCAAACAAGCUCAGAAGUUUUGUGACAAUCAAGCUGGGUACUGGAGUUGGUGUUCUUUUUCUUGCCAUAAGGAGUCACCCUUUUCUGUGAGGGUUUCAACUUGCAGGCAGUGCCCAGGAUACUAUCUUUAGUUUAGAUUCAAUUGGCCAUUGAGUUCUCAUUGUGUAGUAAUAUUUCCUCACUGUGACUAGCAUGGAACCUAUUGUCUAAAAGUUCUGCAUCAGGAUAUUGCUGUACGUAUUGCUGCACUCAUGUGAUACACUUUAGUUAGCAAUCUUACUCUAUGCCCCACCACGCAGUGGCACUGCAGACAAGCACUUGCCCUCCCCACACAUUGGUCCAGGGUUCUUAUGGAUCAGACCCUUUUCUUUAUUUGGGAGCGGGGGAGAUUGUGAAAACCCCAAGAGGUAUAUGGGGGAUACGGGAGGGGAGCUUGCUGCCUGUGCCAUCCAUCUGUGGACAUAACACUUACAUUUGAUAUACUUCGACUAUCUGCUGGCACAAAUUCAGGUUACCUGGAGCAGUGUGUGCCUGCAGGGGAUACUAGUAUGGAAAAAGUUGCAACGAAGUUGCAUUCCUGCCCCCCUUCACUCCAGCAGGGAAGCCUUGCAACACGAAGUGCUACAAAUAUUGACACACAUACACAAUAAACCCCCUGUUCAGUUUCACCUAGGAUGAAACAAAUCCCUCAAAAGAUAGGGCAAUUCUCUACUUCCCAUCUUACCCUACUCAGGUCUGGAAGCUGUACACCUGCUUAGAAUCUCUGGUUUUAGAUUUAGGCUACCAUUGCUUUCUCCUGUAUCUUAAAAGCAGCUAAAAUCACAGCAUAAGCUCAGCAUAGCAACCUUGUACAUUGGUAUGGGGUGUUAGAGAAUUGAAUGUGCAACCUAUUAUGUUGUUUAAAAUGCCUUGAAUCAUGUAGGGGCAGACACAAUGCCCUAUGUUUGCUACUUUGUAUACAUUAUUUUUAUAUAUGGUUAUAUAAGUUACAUUUAAUCCAAAGCAAGAUAACAAUGAGAGAAAAUAAUAAAUGUAUUCUAAAGAUGCGAAA